GAGAAUGGGAGCGCGGGGAUUUUGCCGGCUUCUGGGAGGGGUACGCCGGCUUCUGGGAGGGGUACGCCGGUGCCGGCGCAGGCUGUGAGAGUUGUUAAGAAAAAGAAGGCGAGGAAGGUGGAGAUUCAGUAAUGCGUUGAGUUCAGCGAUAAUUAUAAUUCAUGUAUUCCUUUGAUGACGUCUUUUCGGAUUCUCUCCGGUUUCUAGGACACUUGGGAAUUGCCAUAUCUUGCAGUCUCAAAUCAACAUCUCUUCCGAAGCUUCUCUCGUAAACCAUCCGUUCUGAUCAUGGAAACGCUGACCUCCACUCCCAUUACCCCCCAGCGCCAUCUCCUGGCGCAUAUCUUCCUCCGCUAUCAAGUCCUCCAUAACCUCAUCACUCGAAUUUAUUUCACAUGCCAAUAGAUCCGGCGACUCCGCCUCCUCCAGUAGUAGUAUAUGCUCCUCCUCCACCUCAUCAACGCGAUCCAAUAACAGAUCAUUCUCAUCCUCCUCAUCCAAACCCCACAAGAGCCGGCCCUCGUCUUCCCACUCAUCAAAGAACAUAUCCUCGUCUCUGCCAUCUCCAAGCUCCAAUAAAUCCUCUUCGUCGUCUCCAAGCUCCAAUAUAUCCUCCUCG